CAACUCAGAGCUGCAGAGCGGGUUUACAAAUGGACAGGUUAUAAAUUAAUGACAGUUUUUAGUUUUAAAACAGACGAAACGGGUAUUUAGAGCCGUGUGCUCUGACAAGCAUCGCUGCAAACACAAUGUUAGGAGCAGGAGAGCCGCAGCACACAGGUGACACACAGGGACUCAGGUGUGUCGUGCAACAGGUGCGCAUCUGCUGCUGUCCUGUGGGGGGCGCUGUUGCACCAAAGAGCUGUUUUUGUCAACCGCCACAACAACAAGAAGAAGUAGGAGGAGGCAGAAAAGGCGUUCGUACAGAUUCAUACAAACUGAAGUUUUCUGUUGUUUUGUCCGCGUCGCUUCGUUCAUGAUACCACCAGCCCCUCGGUCUCAGCCGGUCGCCACACUCUUUCUAAUGCAUUACAACCCCGUUUGGAUCCAGGAGGACUUUUCUCACUGGUAACUAGUUAGCUAAGUUAGCUAAGUUAGCGGUUAGCAGGCGGCGUACGUUACGCUACGUUACGUGACGUCACGUUGCCCCGGGCAGCGCGGCGGCAGGAUGCUGCAGGUGAAUCCCGGACAGGUGUUCGGGAAGGGAACCAGCAGGACCAAGGCCUCCGUCAGACAGAGCCGGGCUAACCCGGCCUCCCGACCCGGCAGCGCAAACAGAGUGCUGGGCGAGAGGAACCAGGCGGUGGCGGCGGUGGGAGCCUGGGUGGAGGGCGGACGGGAGCUGGAGGAGCAUCCGGCGGUUCGAGCGUCGCUCACUGAGGAGCUGCAGGCAGAGAAGAGGAGGGAGGAUGAGGAGGGUCUGCGGAGGUUUCAGGACACGGUGCGCUGCCGUGUGGCUCAUCAGGCCCAACUCAGCAAGAAGAGGCAGCAGCUGCAGAAAACAUACAAACAGGUGGAGUCUGACAGGAGGUUUCUGCAGCGGUUUGGAGACUCAGCCCAGCGACCGUCUGCCGAUGACGGGCCGACCCCCUGCUGGCCCUGCAGGGAGCCGGACGUUUCCCGCUCACAUCCUGAUGUCCGAGGCGUGCACAGGAGCGCCGGCCGUCACAGGCUGAAGGAGCAGAGGUGUCAGCAGGCCGGUGAAGGCGUGACACAGGUCAGACACAGACUGGCCGCCUGUCGGAUGAUCCCAGAUGAGGAAAUGCUAUCAAACCUUCCUGGAGGCAAGUGGAACAUUUCUGCAGCCAGAGAUAAACCUGUAUCUCACAUGUCAGAAACAGAGCAGGAAGUAGAGGAGGAGGAGGAGGUCCUGGAAAAUGAGGAAGAGGAAGAUGGGGAUGAUUUUCCUUUGACCAGUCAGCAUGAGCGUCCCGUCGUUCAGCAGGACAUGAAAGAAUCCCCAGGACACCAGAAUGUUGCUUUUCAUCGUGCUUUGGUGCACGGGAAGGUGUUGAAGGAGCUCGACCAGUCUCACGUAGAUCCUUUCUUCAGCUCAGACUCCAGAGUGCUGUGGCCUCUGGAUGAUCAAGAGGAACUGAGAAGACAGCAUCAGUCUCAGUUCCUGAAGCAUCGCCGUCUGUACAUGGACAUCGAGAGAGAGCAAGUCAAGUACAACAAGCAGCAGAGGCAGCAUCUGAAGAGAAUCGCACGGAUUAAAACAGAAAAAGAACGGAUACGACUGGAGGAAGAACGGAAGCUUGAGAAUCUGCGGCAGCUCAAUGAAACCCGACGUCAGAUGGAGGAGAGGGAGCUUCUGAUUUUGGAACGACUGAGGAUCGAAGAAGAGGAGAGACUAAUGGAACUGGAGAAGAGAAAACUGAAAAAGAAAGAGCAGGAACACACAAGGUUCAUCGAGGCUCUGCGAGCAAAGAUGAAGGAGCGAUUGUCUCAGGAGAAGUCGGAGCUGCCGCCGCUGUGCUGCUGCGGGUCGUCUUUCUGGGACUCGCAUCCUGACACCUGUGCCAAUAACUGCAUCUUCCACAACAACCCCAAAGCGUACGCUCAGGCUUUACAUUCUGCACUGCUGACCUUGGAGUUACAUUAGAGGUCGGGGGAGGACACCCACAGGAUGAACCCUGGAAAAGAGAGUUUUUUUCACGUGAAGUCCAGCCAAGGCAGAAGCAGAUGUUUCACACUCCUGAACACGCAACUGUCAUGACAUCUGCUUACAGAAGUGGAAAAAAAACUUUGUCAUAUUUAAAAGGGAAAUCCACUUUUGAAUACACUUCCACACUGUUAAUUUGUUCUCUCUUUUUUUAGUGUGACCCGAUGACCUGAAGAGGGAGUGCACAUACAUUUUAUGAUUUUAUGAUUUUACGAUUUCAUGUGUUGAAAAGGCAGCCCUGAAAGUGAAACUAACUUUUUUUUUUUUUACAUAUUUGCGUCUUACACUUCUUAUAAAAAGUGAAAAAAGUGCCUUUGUGCUUUAUGCUGAGGAUAGGUGUUUAUUUGUCAUUUAGUAAUUAUUUUAUUCCAUAUUUUAAAAAUCAGAAUCACCUUAUAUCCAGUCUGUUUAAUUAUAAUUUGUGCCAUUUUUUCAUGUACUGUGAAUAUUUUUACGUGGAGGCCAUGAAAUAUUAGUUCUCAUUUUUUAACAUCGGGAUGAUUCGGUGAAUUAAAAGAUUUUAAUCGUUUAUCUGUGACCAGUGUUUCUGUUUUCCAUCUUUCUGUUAUCUUGAUAUCUAAACUACCAGGCAGCUGAGGUAAAAAAUAACAAUAAUAAUAAUAAUAAAUUUACAGUGCAGGGCUUUGUUUUGUUUGUACCUACAAGACAAGAAUAAACAUUUAGCAGCUCUGUUUUAACAGUUUUUUUUCCUUGAUUCUGAAAUGCUGAAAGAUGACAAAUAAAUAAACAAUCCUUU